UCGAGAACAAAGAUUCACUUCCUUCAAUUCCUUCAGUCCCUUGUGAGCUCAAUAGAGAGAAGAGAGACGAAGAGAUGCCGCUCGGAGAGAGAGGAGGAUGGGAAAGGAGUGAGUCCAGGUACUGCGGCGUUGAAACUGAUUUCUCCGACGAUGUUACAUAUCUCCUCAACUUCAACAUUUCCACCGGCGGUUUUGACUAUGUCCUCGCUCCUCUGAUGAACCCUUCGUAUAGGCCGAGCUUGGUGGAAGGAAAUGGUGUAGAUACUCAGGUUCUUCCAGUCUCUGGCUCUGACUUAGUCUUGUCUCCCUCUCAAUGGAGCAGUCAUGUUGUUGGAAAAAUUAGUUCGUGGAUUGAUUUGGAUUCUGAAGAUGAGAUCUUGCGGAUGGAUUCAGAAACCACAUUGAAGCAAGAAAUAGCUUGGGCUACACAUCUCUCUUUACAGGCAUGUCUUCUUCCCACUCCUAAAGGGAAAUCGUGUGCCAAUUACGCCAGAUGUGUGAACCAGAUCUUACAAGGGCUGACUACCUUGCAGUUAUGGCUGAGGGUUCCACUGGUGAAGUCUGAUGGUGAUUCAAUGGAUGAUACCUCAGAGGGAUCGAAUGACUCCUGGGAGCUGUGGAAUUCGUUUCGUCUUCUUUGUGAGCAUGACAGUAAGCUGUCUGUUGCUCUUGAUGUUCUGAGUACGCUACCCUCUGAAACUUCACUAGGACGCUGGAUGGGAGAGUCUGUGAGAGCAGCCAUAGUCAGCACUGAUUCUUUCCUAACAAAUGCUCGGGGUUAUCCUUGCUUGUCAAAACGCCACCAAAAGUUAAUAGCAGGAUUUUUUGAUCAUGCUGCCCAGGUUGUAAUUUCUGGAAAGCCUGUUCAUAAUCUUCAAAAGUCACAUGAUUCUAAUACGCAGGGUACAGAGAAACAUCCUCUGCGGACAUAUUUGGACUAUGUUGCUUAUCUGUUCCAAAAGAUGGAACCACUUCCUGAGCAGGAACGCAUCGAGCUGGGCUACAGGGAUUUUUUGCAGGCACCCCUUCAGCCUCUUAUGGACAACCUCGAAGCUCAAACCUAUGAGACGUUUGAGAGAGACUCCGUUAAAUACAUCCAAUAUCAAAGAGCAGUUGAGAAGGCCUUGGUGGACAGGGUACCUGAUGAAAAAGCAUCCGAGUUGACUACUGUCUUGAUGGUUGUGGGGGCAGGAAGAGGACCCCUUGUGAGGGCAUCGUUACAGGCAGCUGAAGAAACUGGCAGGAAGUUGAAAGUUUUUGCUGUGGAAAAGAAUCCUAAUGCAGUAGUAACACUCCAUAAUUUGGUUAAGAUGGAAGGAUGGGAAGACAUUGUUACGAUAAUAUCCUGUGACAUGCGUUUUUGGAAUGCUCCUGAGCAAGCUGAUAUAUUGGUUAGCGAACUGCUGGGUUCUUUUGGAGACAAUGAACUUUCUCCUGAGUGUCUCGAUGGAGCUCAAAGGUUUUUGAAGCCAGACGGGAUUUCAAUACCAUCCUCGUAUACAAGUUUCAUACAGCCUGUGACAGCUUGCAAGCUUUACAAUGACGUAAAGGCUCAUAAAGAUCUUGCGCACUUUGAAACUGCUUAUGUUGUCAAGCUGCAUAGUGUAGCAAAACUUGCUCCUUCCCAAUCUGUUUUCACAUUUACUCAUCCAAACUUUUCAACAAAAGCCAACAACCAACGCUACAAGAAGCUUCAGUUCAAUCUACCAAGCGACUCUGGCUCAGCUUUGGUACAUGGAUUCGCUGGCUAUUUUGAUUCCGUCCUGUAUAAAGAUGUCCAUCUUGGGAUUGAGCCUACAACAGCAACACCAAACAUGUUCAGCUGGUUCCCAAUCUUUUUCCCAUUGAGGAAGCCUUUGGAGGUUCACCCUGAUACUCCAUUAGAAGUACACUUUUGGAGAUGUUGCGGUUCCUCAAAGGUUUGGUAUGAAUGGUCGGUAUCUUCACCUACUCCAUCUCCGAUGCAUAACACCAAUGGCCGUUCGUACUGGGUUGGCCUUUAGGAUCAGAGAGAUUUUGACUGAUGAUGAAGUUAUGUAAUCUUAUUGUGCUGUGCUGUAUUUUUAUGUCACAAGAAAGACAAAAGUUUACGAGUGGAUCAAAUCUCUUUUGACCUUAUUAAUGUUGGUACUCUUUUCAUUGCACUUUUAAUACGGAGUUAUCUCUAAUAGACA